GUGUUUACCAAUCGGCCACCUUGCCAAAAGUCCAAAACAGACAGUGUCUUGGAAACUGGCGACAGUGCGGACAUGACUCGUUUGCAGCUGUGUCUUGUGUGAAUGUGAUUUUGUGAUUUGUGUUUUUCAUAGCAAAAGCUUUGAAAGAGAGGAAGAAAGAAGAAGAAAACAAAUAUUAAUGGGAAUGGGCGUGGCAAGUGGUGAUUCGAUGCUGAGGGAGAAAGCGUUAGCGAUGAGAGAGUCUCUGGAGCGAAGCCAAACCAUCACCGACGACGUCGUUUCAAUUCUUGGCUCCUUUGACCACCGUCUCUCCGCCCUCGAAACCGCCAUGCGUCCUACGCAGAUCAGAACGCAUUCUAUUCGGAAAGCUCAUGAGAAUAUUGAUAAGACUUUGAAGGCUGCAGAGGUCAUAUUGGCUCACUUUGAUCAGUACCAUCAGGCAGAAGCAAAAAUAGUUAAAGGACCACAUGAAGAUGUGAAGAACUAUCUUGAAGCAAUUGAUCAGCUGAGAAGCAACAUUAGAUUUUUUGGCAGCAAGAAGGGUUUUAAGAGUGACGAUGGUAUUGUCAGCCGUGCUAGUAAUUUGAUAACUAAAGCUAUUUCUAAGCUAGAAGAUGAGUUUAAGCAGCUCUUAUCAUCUUACAGGUUUGUACUUUGCUUAAUGUCAUUGAUCUUGUGGCAUGUUCAACCAAAAGUUCAUGUUCUUGCAUGAACUUAAUUACUAUUGAUGGUUCCUUGUCUCAGGUAAAUGACAUUUCAUUAGAUAAGUCAGUCUUUAAUGCAAAAAUGAAGCAGCAGCCUGGUAACAGUCAGGUUUUUUAACUUCUUGCUGCUAUCAUAUAAGAUUUUUUUCUCAAUUUUUUUUUAUUAUUUAUGUAUGAAUGGGAUAGAUCUUAUGAAUAGUGUUUCCUAAUGUUUGACAUGUAAAUAUUAAAAGAAUUUAGAGGUCAGUUUAAUUCAUUUUGAAGUUUAUGUUGAAUUGUUGAUACUGCCCUCCUGUACCUUCCAUCUGAUUCUAAUAUAUACUUAAUAGGGUUUGAUAUUUUUGUUGUAAUUGGUCUUAUGCUUUAUAACUUUCAAAGAUUUAUUGUUUGUGAAUCUAGGAUUGAUAACAGCUUGAUGGUGUCCUUGACUUGAUAAUAUUAAUCAUAGAAAUAUCUUCAAAUUAUGUAGGAAGAUGGUUUACCUGAUGUAGAAGCAUAAUGCUAUUCUUGAUGCUCUGCGUGACAAAAUGGUUGUUUAGAGAUUUUUUUUUCUUUGUGAAGAUUAUAUUUGUUAUUUUGCAUCAUCUCUUGCUGUGUGAUUACAGCAAACCUGUGGAACCUGAGCGCCUCUUUGAUUGCCUUCCAAACUCAAUGAGACCUUCAUCAGCAUCACCUGGCCGUGAUGGUGAUCCUAGUGGCAAGAAUCAUUCUUCUAAUAUCCAUUCUGAGCCACAUAAAAAUAAUGUUGAUGCUGUUGUAUACACGCCCCCUGAUCUUAUGCCACCAAGAAUUUUGCCAUUGCUCUCUGAUUUAACCCAGCAAAUGGUUCAAGCUGGUCAUCAACAACAGUUGCUCAAAAUAUACAGAGAUACCCGUUCAAAUGUAUUGGAAGAAAGCCUGCAAAAACUUGGAGUUGAGAAACUUAGCAAAGAUGAUGUCCAAAAGCUACAAUGGGAAGUAUUGGAAGCCAAAAUUGGAAACUGGAUUCAUUUCAUGCGUAUUGCUGUCAAAUUGUUGUUUGCUGGUGAACGGAAAGUUUGUGAUCAGAUAUUUGAAGGAUUUGAUUCACUCAGUGAUCAGUGUUUUGCUGAAGUAACUACCAACAGUGUCUCCAUGCUACUUAGUUUUGGAGAAGCAAUUGCAAAAAGCAAGAGAUCACCUGAAAAGUUAUUUGUACUUCUGGACAUGUAUGAAAUAUUGCAAGAGAUCCAUUCAGAGAUUGAAACAAUCUUUAAAGGAAAAGCUUGCACCAAAAUAAGAGAAGCUGUACUGGGUUUGACAAAACAGCUUGCACAAACAGCCCAGGAGACCUUUGGAGAUUUUGAAGAAGCAGUUGAGAAAGAUGCUACAAAGACUGCAGUAACCGAUGGAACUGUCCAUCCUUUGACAAGUUAUGUGAUUAACUAUGUGAAGUUUUUAUUUGACUAUCGUUCUACCUUAACCCAACUUUUCCAAGGUUUUGAAGCUGAAGGCAAUUCUUCACAGUUAGCAUCUGUAACAAUGCAAAUAUUGCAAGCUCUUCAAACCAAUUUAGAUGGAAAAUCAAAGCAGUAUAGGGACCCUGCUUUGACACACCUAUUUCUCAUGAACAAUAUUCAUUAUAUUGUCAGAUCAGUUCGAAGGUCUGAAGCAAAGGAUUUGUUGGGGGAUGAUUGGAUACAACGACAUAGGAAGAUUGUGCAACAGCAUGCCAAUCAAUACAAAAGAAAUGCUUGGGCAAAGAUUCUUCAGUCCCUGUCUAUUCAGGGCCUCAUCUCAUCAGGUGGUGGGGGUAGUACUGCAGGCGGUGAUGGGGGCAGUAGUGGUGCUUCAAGAGCUAUUGUUAAAGAGAGGUUUAAGACAUUCAAUACUAUGUUUGAGGAACUUCAUCAGAAACAAACUCAGUGGACAGUACCUGAUGCAGAGUUGCGAGAGUCUCUUAUUCUGGCAGUUGCUGAAGUCUUGUUGCCUGCCUACAGAUCGUUUGUGAAACGUUUUGGGCCUCUAGUGGAGAAUGUAAAGACUACUCAAAGGUACAUCAAAUACACUGCAGAAGAUCUAGAGCGAAUCUUGGGUGAAUUUUUUGAAGGAAAAAGCAUGAAUGAUUCCAAGCGGUAAUUGAAGCGUAAUUAGAGAUCAACAAGAGUAAGAGAAAUCAGAGCUCCUAACCAUUGAUGCCGCCUUUCGAAGUCCCAAUGCGCCACUGUGCAUUGUUGGGGUUGGUAAUUCUACGAAGCCAUCGAUAAAAUGUUAGAAGUAAAUAUCUUUCAAUUAAAAAUGUUACUUAGUACAUACUUAUGAAAUGUGAUCAAUAAUUAAUAAACAGAUUUUGUAACGUUUAUUCAAAGGCACUUGAACCCCCUAAUACAUGGAUCAUCCGGCAAGCGGUUAUUUUAAUUU